GCCCUCGCACACCCGGGGCCGAGGCCUGGCUCGGGGAGCAGCGCUCCCCUCCCGCCGGACAUCGCAUCUCGGCUGGCGAGUAGCGAGGCAGGUGGCUCCUGGUUCCUUUUCUGCACCCCUUCUCGUCCUUUCCCGACGUUCCUCUCCCUUGGAGAGGCCGUCAGGCUUUUGGGCUGCAUUUUCCCUCUCUGGAUCCUCUAGACUGGUGGACUGUUGACCCUUUUGGAGAAGGCACAGGCACGUUUUCUUACCGCCCUGUGUUGUGCACCAGUACAUAUGCAGAUUUUACCGUAUUCACAUUUUUAUAUGUGUAAAUUAUGCAUAUUUAUGCUAUAGUGAAUGUAUGAAUAUUUUUUUCCAAUAAAUAACAUUGGUAUGUACACACACACCUUGUUAAAUGUACCUGUGAAAGUUAAGAUGUAAGAUGUAGAUGUAAGUAGAUGUAAGACGUGUGUUUUACGUAGACCAUCUCACAGCACACCUGGAGGAUGUAGUGAAUGUAUUGAUCUGCAUGUGGAAUUGAACUUUUCCACAUCCCUGCCUGCUGUGGUUUAACCCCAGAUACCAACUAAGUAGCAUGAACCCACUCACUUGGACACCCUCACAUACCACCACUCUCUCGGUGGGGUGGGAAAGAGAAUUGAAAAAAAACCAAAAAAACCAUGGGUUGAGGUACAAACAGUCUUAUAGUAGAAAUAAAAUGGAUGAUAAUAAUAUAAAAUUAUUUGUAAUGAAAAUGGAGAUAACAAAAAGAGAGAGAGAAAUGGAACCCAAGAAAGAUAAGUAAUGCACAGGACAAUUGCUCACCACCCCCUGAGUGAUGCCCAGCUCAUCUCUAAGCAGCAGUUGGCUCCUCCUGGCCAAUUCCCUCCCACGUUCAUUCACUGAGCAUAAUGACCUAUGGUAUGGAAUAUCCCUUUUGCCAGUUCAGGUCAGCUUGCCUGGUCAUGUUUCUUCCCAGUUUUUUAUGCACCUGGCAGAGCACAGGAAGCUGAAAAGUCCUUGUCUUGAGGUAAGCACUAGUUAGCAGCAACAAAAGCAUCACUGUUUUAUCGACGUUAUUCUGACCAGGUUUGCUUGGCAAGGUUUAGGUAGUGAGGGGUUAUAGGGAUGGCUCCUGUGAGAAGCUGCCAGAAACUUCCUCUGCGUCCAGCAGAGCCAAGGUCAGCUGGCUUCAAGGCAGCUUGAUGCACCCAUCAGCGAUGGUGGUAGCACCUCUGAGAUAAUGUACUUAAGGUUAAAAAGUUGUUGCACAGCAGAAGAGAGAACUGAAAACAGCCCUGCAGACACCAAGGGUCAUCGAAGAAGGAGGGGCAGGAGAUGCUCUAGGUGCAGGGGCAGAGGUUCCCCUUCAGCUCCUGUGCAGAGCAUGGUGAAGCAGCUGUGCCCCUGCAAGCCUGUGGAGGAUCACAGUGGAACAGAGAUCCACCUGCAGCCCAGGGAGGACUCUACACUGCAGCAGGUGGGUGCCUGAAGAAGGCUGAUCCCGUGGGAAGCCCACGCUGGAGCAGGCUCCUGGCAGGACCUGUGGGCACACGAACAGAGCAGCCCAUGUUGGAACAGGUUUGCUGGCAGGACGGACUUGUGACCCCAUGGGGAAGCAGCCUGUUCCUGAAGUAUACGGGGGAAGAGUGGGACUGUGGGGAAUGAAUUCAACUACUCAAGUGCUUUGGAUUAUAUUGGUUACCAUCUAUUAACUUUCAUCAGAAUGGUAAAUGUUUUCUUGUGCCUAUAAGGAGUAAGAAAAAACACUUUACCUGUGUACCACAGCUCUGUAUGACUGGGGUCUGUAUGUUUUAGUUACCGUGCUUUUAAAUGAUGUUGAGAUCAAUACAUGCUUUAGAAGAUGAGGCAAUCACAGAUUAGUGUUAUGUAUAUAUUAACAAACAAAUGCACUCUCUCUUUAGCAUUGAUCUCACUGCAGAUGCAACUACAAGUAAUGCCAGUGUCAAUAGUGAAGACUCGCAGCAAAAAGAGGAUGACAGCAACUUCUCGCUGAUCACCUGGAACAUUGAUGGGCUGGAUCUAGGAAAUCUGCAGGAUCGAGCUAGAGGAGUCUGUACAUACCUGGCAUUAUACAAUCCGGAUGUCGUGUUUUUACAGGAGGUCAUCCCACCACAUCUCCCUUUUCUCCAGAAGAAAGCAAGCAAUUACACUAUUAUUCCAGGUAACAUAGAUGGGUAUUUCACUGCCAUAAUGUUAAAGAAAUCAAGAGUGAAGCUGCUGAAACAUGAGGUAGUGCCUUUUCCAACAACUGCCAUGAUGAGGAACCUUUUGGUUGUGCAUGUGAGCAUAUCUGGUACUGAACUUUGCCUUAUGACCUCUCAUCUGGAGAGCACUAAAAAUCACUCCAAGGAGCGUGUAAAGCAGCUGCAAAUAGUGUUGAACGAAAUGCAGAAGGAGCCAGAGUCCACCACUGUUAUAUUUGGUGGGGAUACAAACCUCAGAGACCGCGAGGUUACUAAACUUGGUGACUUACCUGAGGGCAUUAAGGAUGUCUGGGAGUUCUUGGGUAAGCCUCAACAUUGCCGCUACACUUGGGACACCCAGUCCAACACCAACCUGAAUAUAGCCUACAAGUGCAAGAUGAGGUUUGACCGUCUUUACUUUCGGCCUGCAGUGGAAGGGGGGCAUUUCGUUCCACGAAGCAUGGACUUAAUUGGUUUGGAAAAAUUAGAAUGUGGCAGAUAUCCUAGUGAUCACUGGGGUAUUCUGUGUAAUUUUGAUGUUAUAUUAUAAAAGAGGAAAAAAAUACCUCCAUCGUUGGUGUUUAGAUGAUUUAUUCUUGAUUUUACAAAAUUUUACCCUCUCAGUUUUAAGAUAGGACAUAUUUAAGUUUUUAACCAUAAUACAUUCCUAGUUCUCAGCUUCUGCAGGAACAGCUUCAUUUCAAGCCAGGUUUCUCUUUUCCGGUUGUAUGUAUCUUUUCUUGAAUCAUGUUUUAUAAUAUUUAUUUUUAAAAAUGUCUGCAAAACCAAUCAAAUUCUAGUUUUAAAAUGGCAGGAAAAACCUGUAAGUACAAUUCAUAAACAUACUCAGUGAUUUUAAAGACUUUUAUUUUGGCAUGUGUUAUGAUCUCAUAAUAAAGGCUGCUUUUUUGUAUUUUAAGACUA